AUGGCUCGCGAUGGACCCGGCACGCCUCUUGUCGCUCCCCUUUGGGAACCAAAAGGGGUUGAAGUUUUCAACCAAUCAUUCCGAGGGGUCAUGACACCUUCUCCGAACUCCUCAAAUUCUACAGACAACGAUGAGGUAAGAAAAAUCGCACCAUCUGUCGAUGCCAAUUUAAAAUCCCCGAAAAUCCCCCGCUCAAUUUGGACGUUCGGGCGGAGGAUUCCGGGCAGGGAAUUUCCCACCGAGGUCGAUGCUAUACACACUUGUCUCUUGGACUGGAUUCCCCGGAUCAAGAAUAGUUGCUUCAUUUCCGUCCAGCUUCAGGGCGCAAUUUACAUCCCUCUAGACAAAGCGGCUCUUCGUUAUAGAAUCAAUCAUAUUGCUGCUGGUCGGCUGGAUCUAGACUACCUCCUAGACCGUCACGAACUACAGGCAAGUUAUUGCUGGACUUGUCGCAAUACCGGGGCUCUGAUUGAACUUGCCCUCGGGAACGGGUAG